AUGGGGCAACCAAAUAGUAGGGAAUCUAAGUUUUCCAAGCGGGAUAAGUCUGAGAGUAAUGCCGCUUCCCGUAAGAGUUCACUAACAACUCCUGCUGCCACUACGCAUAGUGUUGGAAUGCGAACAGCCGGGAUUCGAGAAAAUGUACUGCAGCAACCAUCACAAUACCGAGAUCCAUUGGGUGAUGCAAUAAUUACCCAACGCCGAAUUGCAGAACGCAAACAAGAUGGUUCCUCAUCCUCCACUACCACUCAUACCGCUACGAAUACGACUGCCACUACUACUAUUAAUACUACUACUAAUACGACUGCUGCUGCUGGUGGUACGACAAAGAAAUACCCUGUGGUGUUGCGGUAUGCUGACAAGAAUGCCAGAGCGCUGUUGGAUAGAAAGAAGAAGAUCUUCGUUGCCGUAGAGACAUUACAGUGGCAGCCACUACAGAUGACGCCUAGCGAAGACUCUUUCUACACUAUUCUCGAACUCCCACAGGGUACACAUCGAUACCGUUUCAUCGUGGAUGGAAAGAAUAUGGUGGACAAAUCUCAGCCAAUCGCCGACUCACCCGGACAACAACAACAACAAAAUGAUAAACAUACAAAUGACGCUGAUUAUGAUAAUAAUACGAACAGUGAACUCGCUGUGAACCUGUUGGAGUUAAAUGAUGCACUGCUGCUGACGCGGGAAGAUGAGGAGAUCAUGGAUGACGGCGAGGGAUGGGGACAGGAACAAAUCAUCUUUGAAGAAUCCCGCAAGUACCCACCACUCGUUCCUGUGCAUCUCCGCUACACUCCACUCAACACUCCACCAAAUGCCGUGCGAUGCACACGCGACGGCGUUGUGUCGGCUGCUGGUGAAGUAAUGCCGCCUGAGCAUCUCCCGCUGCCACUGAAUGUGACGAUCAAUCACGUGUACUUUCAGAGGCGUGAGGAUCACUCCGUGAUGGGGCUCACUACAAGGUACUGCAAUAAGUACACCACCGUCGUGUACUACGCAAAGAUGGGUACACCAAGUGGGUGA